AUGUCCAUCCUGAAUCCGUACGAUCAUCUAUCCUUCCUCGGUCGUGGGGGAGGCCUUCUCUCUUCCGACCCGGCCGUUUACCGUCGGCAGGUGUCUCGCAUCCAGAGCUACAUGCGUGGAGACCGAUUCGAUGCCAAAAAGAACCGGAAGCUACGUAACGCCCGUUACCAGCAGAGUCUCCAGCGGUCUCGAAUGGGGGAGGAAGCCCGGAGGGUGCUUGACGCGAAUCCAAAACAGAUUGGAGGCCCGAGAAUGUUCAAGAUACUGGUGACAGGUCACGAUACCAUAGCCGGCCGCAAGCUGCAUGACCCGAGUUUCUAUCAUGAUGAGGGUCAUUACCUCUUCCUUCCCGCCUUUGGUACGCCUGAUACACCCAUGCGACUGAACAAUGGAUGGAUAGCCCCGAGUGAUAUCCAGAUCACCCCCGAACGGAACAUCUACACAGUCAACACGCAGGACAGCAACGGCGAUAGCCUGUCUUUGUUUAUCGACUUUACCAAUCCUAACCGUCCCACUGGUCAGAUAUAUCUUGCGGGAGGGAACUAUGCGGUGAUGCUGCAGCCGUAUGCGGUCAGUUUUGAUGUGCAGGUGGCCGCCAAUUCGGGCGCGUAUCUAUCCAGCGGACAGGGAGGAUUGGUGUGGGAUCCUGAUUCCUCGGAAUGGAACUCAGCCUCGUGGGAGACAAGCAUGACCUUUCAGUAUGACACCGUCUCCAAGUCCAACCCGUUUGGCAGUCCGGAGUACAUCAAUGAAGCUGCGUAUACGGACCGCCAGACGGGCGAGACGUUCUCGUUGGAUGCCGAAGGAAUGAUACAAUACACAGCUGUGAUGGACGGCAGUGAUCCAGCCGGUGCGGUUUUCAGCAUCACUAUCACCGAUCAGACACAGGUGCCUUCACCUCCAGAGGUCCGAGUGAACAGUGACGUCAAAUCUGUGUUCCCAAACCGAUCUGUGUUUAAAUUUGAUGCCUUUGCCACUUCCUUCACGGGGGCUUAUAUUGUGCCGGACACCAAGACUGUGUACGGGGUCAUCGGUACAGCCCAGUCGCCUUUUGGAGAGCCAAUCCCAGCGAUGCCCCGGAACCCGUCUCUACCACCAUUCAAGUCGAUCAUCAAGCCUUCGCCCCAUCUGUUACGCCCCGCUGAUGACAAGUCAUCACUUAAUGUCACCGGACUCACGUCGCUGAACCCCAUGGAGCCGGUGCCAGACAGCCCGACGCAGUAUCGAGACGUGGUUUCGCAGGCUGCCAAUAAGGAUUUUAGCGACAUUAUCGCAUACCACAUGGAUGAUGACCUCCGAACAACCUUUGUCCAGGCCACGCCCAUCGUGUUAGAAGAUGAAACGGUGCAGGCUAUUGCGACCGACAGCGGUGAUAAUAGUACAUUUUACAAUUCUCUGCAGGUCCCUUAUGUGACUGCCAGCCUGUCACGCUCGACUCUACCCGAGGCAAAAGAAUGCAAUGCUCUCCGAGCUCAGGCCCAGCUGCAGAGUAUUCCCGCCGAGUCUGACACGUACAAACGACACGCGGAGAAACUGUAUCGCCAUCGCUAUCUGCUCAAGUUCCCUAGUAUCCAGGCAUAUCUCGAUGACCAGGCGGGAGGGGACCAUACGGCCAAUAUCAAAGCCGCCGCAGAAUAUAUGAAAAACAACAUCAAGGAGCACGCAAAUGGCAUGGGAGAUGGGGGUGAUCCCGACCAGGCCGCGAAGAAUCUCCAGACUGCGCUAGAUGAUAUUGACUCUCUCUGUAGCUGGGCUGUGGACAAGAAGCUUCUUUGGGCAUUUCAGCUAUAUUAUUGGGGAGUCGUUACAUACCUUCCCAGUCUGAUGGCACAGGUUGCCUCCGGAGGAGCCACCUCGGGCACUGUAUCCCGGAUGUUGAAAUCGCUUACAGGAACGUUUAGCAUACUGGAAAACGGACAGAGUAACCCCGAUGGAAAGUCGUUCCAGCAAGCAUUCAACGACGUGGUGCAGGUGUAUAUGAUGACCUCGAUGAUUCCGCAGUUUAUCGACGCCAACGGGGUCUCGGAAAAUUUCGACAGUGUGCUGAAGGCCAUGCUGGAGGAAUUCUACGAGGCAAACAAGGACAGCUCGAAUGCCGAUCUCGUGGAAGAGGCGAACAAUGCAAAGCUCCUGGCUGCUGAUGACUUUAUACGGAAACAACUGUUCAAUAGUCUCGAUAUGAGCAUGCUUCUCGGGGGCAGUUUGGGCGAUUGGUCAAAUGUGGUCAAAGGGUUCAACCGUUUCAACGAGAAAUCAGACUGGUUUAAGAAACUUGCAAAUGGCGCUGGGAUUUCCGGGACGUUCCUUCGCAUGGCCUGCAGUGUGCUGGUAAUCUUGCCCCUGCUGAGCGAGUUUGGCGGGGGUUGGGACUCGAUGACAGAUCAAGAAAAGGCUUCGAUAGUGACGACACUGGUCGAACUGGGAGUCACAUUUACAAUCAAGGGCAUCCAAGGGGCGAUCAGGCUAAACGUGUUCUGGGAAGACCUAAGUGGGUUUUCCGAUUGCCUCAAAGCCUUCUUUGGCUUUGAGAGUGUGAUGAAACGACUUCCAUCUGCUGCGCAACGGACUGAAAGCGAGCUAGCCCAAUGGCUGAUCCGCACGCCGGAAGAAACCAUGGAAAUCACGGGCGAAGCAGUUAGCAAAUCCUUGAAGAUCUUCGGCCGGUCCGCAGGGGAGUUCCUCGCUAACGUCGUGGGCUGUCUGCUUGCCGCGGUCGAUCUUGUGCUGACAGCGCUCGACCUGGCCGGGGCAUCGGACCCACUGCAGAUUGCUAUGGACUCGUUGAUGAUUGCCUCGACAGCUGUCCAGCUCUUCGCUAUCGGAUUGAACUGGUUCGUCAGUGGUGCCAGCUUUUUGGCUGAAGGCACGGUGGCCAUUUUGGAGUCUGUGGUAACCUGUGCGGGUCCCGUGGCGUUUGCCUUUUUGGUGGCUGGACUUAUUGUGAUGAUCGUAAUGAUGUUCCUACAUAAGGAUCCUCCCAACCCCAUCCAGGACUUUAUCGACAAACAUGCCAAGAAGCUUGGUCUGAAAAUGGAGCAUGAGACUGACAUUGACUACUUUAAUGUCGUACCACCUGAUAGCUCGGCCAGCUCCCUCAAUGGUAUCUCGAUUAGCACCGGGUCUGACUUUAUAUACCUUGCAUUGGGUAAAGCGAGCAAGGAGAGCUCUGACGGGUUUGUUGUGGACGUCUCUAGCAAGGUCACUUACGCCCCCGAUACAUGUUGGUGUAUCACCACCAACUCGACAGGAAAGACGACCAUCUUCACCUAUGCGCUAGACUCGAAAGGGAAUUGGAUGGCAGUGUGUCUUGGACAGACUAAGAAUGGCGACCUGGAGGUCGUGCCUCCUCCAUCGAAGAUCACGACUGAUGCAGAAGGGAACACAGUACCUGUGGAUGACAAGGUCUACCAAGAAGCCCUGGGUCGACAGCAGUGGACUUUCAUCUGCCAGUCAAAACCCACAACAACCACCCGGAAGGUCGACAAUACCGACACAACGUACGUGACAUCCGCCACCUUCCAGAUAAUGCAAGGAAGCAAAGCACUCAUGGCGUCUGAUUCGACCAUCCAUCUGGGAACCACCAGCGAUAGCUUCAGCACGUGGAAGCUGAGCCUGGAGACCUUGGGUCCUGCCCCGUUCUACUAUAACCAAGCGGAAUGGACCUUAUCAACCGACAGUCGGGAUGAGUUGAAUUGGGUUCACUUCAAGCGGCCAACAUCUUUCCCUCUCAAGUGGUCCAUCACACCCUGUCUUCCCUCCUUUUUGACACUCGUUGAAUCCGGGGAUGAUGCCGGCACUGUCAAGCAAGUGACUGCCACAGCUCCUGCCAUAUUGAAGCCGACAGUAUUUACCUUGCUGGCCAGCAUCGAGAUCGAGGGGCGCUCCUACCAGCAAGAAGGCACGCUGACAAUCACCGUCCUUGAUGCCAACAAUCCACCCAUUGGCGAAUGA